AUGGCCGAUUUUCUCUCUCUGGUUCCGCUCCCAGAGCGUGGCAAGCACUUAGGCUACAACAACACCACUGUCACAACCUGCCCACACGGCGAUCACCGGUGUAACCUUCAAUGCAUCGGCACCAUUGAGAUCUUCCCCUUUGCUCGACUCAACGCAUUCGCGAAUGUGCGAAAAGACCAAGUCAAACACUUAAUAUGCAAACUUUCACAAAACUCGAUUCCUGGUUUUGCAAAGGUGGAGUUGAAGUUUAUGUUCUCUGAGUUGACCUUUAACAUCAUAAUGACAAUGGUUACGGGGAAGAGAUACUAUGGUAACGGCGACGACGUGUCGGUAGACAAGGAAGAGGCCGGGCAGUUCUGGCAGAUUAUGAAGGAGAUUUUUGCUCAUAGCAUAGCAGUGAACCCAGCAGAUUAA